AGAAAACAGUUGCAAAAUAUCAUUUUAACAGUAUUUGUCGUUCAAGGAGGAAGAACAUUUAAAAUGAUAAGGAGCUAUUACAAAAUGAAGAUGCUGUUAAUACCAUUUAUCGUUACAACAUUGAUGUCAAGCGCUGGAGCUGUUGACAGAUGUGGGGACAGAUGUACAUCUACUCAAGUAUGUACAGAUGAUGGAAUAUGUGUAAAUAGAACGGACAUGGUAAAAUGUGGUGCAUGGCCUUCCUCGUACUACUGCCAAAAGGGACAAGACUGCUGCGGUUUUAAUGGUUGUAUGCCAGCGGGUGCUGUAUGCUGUGGCAGCAUUUUCUAUUGUCCGAGUGGCCAUACUUGCUGCGGGGCAAUAAUUUGUUGCAAAGCGGGAACUUUCUGUGAUGGAAAUGGGAAUUGUGUUUUAGAUAAAUAUUCAACUCGGAAGCCAAAUGGAACGAGAACACCUUUUAAAACAGCAAGAACAUUAUAUCCAACAACAAGAGCAAGAACACUUUUUCCAAAUAAGACGACGAGGUGGUAUUAUAAUGAUCACACAACCAGGAGUUCAUUCCGAGUAUCACAUACAAGUACGUUACGUUGGCUGUAUGGUGUAAUAAUCGGCGUUGUUGUUACUGUGGUAAUCAUCAUCGCUGCUGUCAUAUGGAAUUGCAGAAACUCUGCAUCAAAUGCGCCAGGUCAUCCAGGUACUGGUGGAAUGGUGCUGACCUCUCCGGCCCAGAUCUAUGGGCAAUCACCUGGAAAUAACAUGCCUAGACAACCACCAAAAUAAAACAGGACUUUCGUGGUACCCGGCAAAGAUAAAUAUUAAACAACCGCUGAACCUUAUUUACAUAAACAGGUGUAUGGCAGUCAGAUAUGUCAUAACAGUAGUGACAAAAUAUCUCAAGCACAAGAUUUGCCAGUGUUUUCAUAAUACAAGAAAUCCAGUCCAUUACAUGCUAAAUGAAAAGGAUAUAUGUUCUUAUGAUAAAAUGUAUUGUACAGUAAUGAUAAGUCUGCCAUUCUAUAUAUUGCCUCGCUAUAACAGUGUCUUUCGCAAGUAAUAUGACAAUUUUAAUUUGUAUGCAAACUAUAUAUCCUGUACAAAGCGAUUAUUCCAGACAAUUACUUUUAAAAUACAUUUAUUGCAUCAAUUAUAAUAGAACACAUGAAAAUUAGUGCCAUACCUUUAUAUGUUCUUUUGAACUUUUGCCCUUGUUUUUAAGCAGUUCUGGAAAAUGCUGCUACAUCUCCCGUCAGAAGCUAGUUCUGGCUACAAGAUCUUAAGUGGCAUGAGUUGUAUUUUUGAUAGUCGUCUCCAUCAAGGUAUGGCAUAAUCCCCUGCGUUUUUGUAAAAAGCAGUUAUUUCCACUGAAUUAGUAGAUUUCAAAAGAUCAUUGACAAUGUAAACCUAAAAUACUGUAGCUUGGCUAUUUCAGUUUUUGAAUGUAAACCCCGUUUUUCGCUACUUGACUGUUUAGGUUAUUUCUUAUGUAGAACUUACAUUCUUAAACCAAAAUCAACUUAACUACUUUCUAACUAAUCAAAAUAAAAGGUAUGGUAGAUUUAAGUAUCAACGAAGUGUUUCCGGAUCCUCGGUCAUUUCAGAGCAAGUAUUUCUGACAGCGGGACAUACUGAAAUUUCUAUGUGCCACUUUUCAAAUGUUACUUUUAUCAAAGUUCAAAAAAGUACAUAAGUAAAAGUAGAGUCCGAAGUAUUUGAAUUA